AUGUAUAACCGUCAAUCAGUCGUUUUUCUACAUUCGAGAGUAAAAAGUAGUUUGGCGGUAGAAGAUUGCAAUGAGGUGCAUUGAAGUUUAAUUACAAUUGUGUAUCAUAUAAAUUCUGAUAAAAGUAAAUAAUUUCAUCAUGAGUGAGGAUAAUAUACAAUUUUUGAAGGUGGAUGAUACACUAGAUCCUAUUAGACCAUCUAAUUCAUUGACGACUACUGAAGUCUCUUACUUAUAUGGUCGAGAUCCAAGUAUAUUAGCUUAUGGGCAACGUCCUGGGCCAUCAGCGGCUCAGAAAAAAAAUUUAUUAUCACUUUAUGAAACUGAAGAAUCUGUAUUAGAAGCUAGCCCAAGCCUUGACUUAUUACCAACCCAAACAAUUAAAGUGUACUUAAGACUUAAGCCUUUCCCAAAAAAGAUAAAACUUAAUCAACAACAACAGGAGGCUUUCUCCAUUUUUGACUCAACUACUUUAUUAACAAAAAUACCUAGUCAAGACUGUCUAAGUAAUUCAACUAUUAGAUCUCAUUCUUCAAUAGAGCCAGAAUUAAUAUGCAAAAGAUACACCUUCACAGAAACUUUUGGUCCUGAGACAACUCAAAGUCAGUUUUUUAAUCGAGUUGUUAAGUCUCAAAUGCAAGAAUUUCUCUCAGGCUCCAAUGCCACUAUAAUGACUUAUGGUACAACAAAUUCUGGUAAGACAUUUACUCUACAAGGUACCACAUCAUCUCCAGGAAUUAUUCCACGCGGCCUCGAGUACGUUUUUUCUCAAAUAGAUGCCAAAUCAUUACCCAACUAUAAACCUGUAAAUAAUAACAAUGUUGUAAUGUUAUCUCCAAUUGAAAGAGCUCAAGAAUUAGAUAUAAAAAAUAAAUUAUUAGCCUUCAGUACCACUGAUAGAAAUCAAUAUAUUAAUACUUACAAAGAAAUGCAGAAGCUAUUAGAAGCAGAAGAAUUUCCAGAGAGACUAAGUGAACAAACCAAUGCUCGAUAUGCUGUUUGGGUAUCUUUCGCUGAAAUAUAUAAUGAGUCGAUAUAUGAUUUACUCAACAAUGAUAGUCUUCAGAAGAAUCGUCCGAGCUUAAAACUUCUUACUAACAGCAAUGGAGUUGCUUAUAUAAAAGGUUUGAAAUCAAUUUUUGUAACUUCCGGGUCUGAAGCUUUUCAAGUGUUGAUGGCAGGUCAAUAUAAUCUAAAAGUAGCUGCAACAGCAUUAAAUGCUCGGAGUUCAAGAUCUCAUUGUAUAUUUACAAUAAAAUUGCUGAAAUUUUUCAAAGAUAACGAUCCUGAUUCAGUAGAAGUAAGUACUUUUUCCUUCUGUGAUCUGGCUGGCUCGGAGCGUUUGAAAAAGACACUUAACGUUGGAGAACGAUUAAAAGAAGCACAAAAUAUUAACACUAGCCUAUUAGUUCUUGGUCGAUGUUUAAAAUCUAUUUAUGAAGGACAAACUAUAAAGCAACGUAACGAACAUGUUGGACCAUUCAGGGAAUCAAAAUUAACGCGCUUAUUUCAACAACCAUUAUCUGGAAAAGAGCCAAUUGUUCUAAUCGUCAAUAUUAAUCCUAUGCCUAAUUUAUAUGUAGAAACUCAGAAUGUUUUAAAUUUUGCUGCUAUAGCGAAAAAAAUUGUUUUACAAAAGAAGCCAUCAAAACGGAAAAUAUCGAAAACAAGAUUUUCUCAGGUAUUGAUGAAAAGCAAAAAAGAAAUCAUCGAUUGGGAAAAUCCAACAGAAUAUCCUACAGAAUUGGAAAAUAUUGUCGAAGAAACAUUAUCUGAUGAUGAUGAUAAAAAUAGCAUUCAAACUGAGGAUUAUGAUGAUUUACUAACUGAAAAUGUAAAAUUAAAGCAGGAAGUAGAUAGUUUAAAGGCGUCAAUUCUUAAAAGAGAAAUGGAAACUCGUCAAGAGAUGGGACAAAUGUAUGAGAAAAUAAUUAAACAACUGGAAAACAAUUAUAGAAAUCGAAUUGAAAAUGUCCAAGAGGAACAACAAAAUUUGCGUGAAUGGGAAUUAGAAAAAGUUGAAAACUAUUACAGAAGCAAAAUUUCUCAGUUAGCAAGUAAAAAACGCAAGCGCUUCUGUACUGAUGAUGAAGAAGAAGAUGAUGAUGAUGAGGAAACGUGUGAAAGUGAACAGGUAAAAGAAAUGCAACAAGAAAUGGAUAAAUUAUCAACGAAAGUAUUGUAUUUGAAAGGCAAAUUAAAAGAAGUAGUUAAAGAAAAAAAUUCAGCUGUGCAGGAAAAAAAUACAAUUAUGUAUGAAUUAGGGCUGAUUAAAGAGCAGCUAAAAUCAUCGAACAAUUUAAGGAAAACAUUGGAAGAUAAUAUUUCCGAAAACAGUGAUCUUUCCAGUUAUGUUAAGGAAUUGAAGACACAGUUAGAAGAGCAAGAGAAGAAAAAUCUUACACUCAAAGCUAGACUCAAUGAGGCCACUCAGGAAUUUAUUGAGAUGGAGAAUGAAUGUGAACGACAAGACAAAAUAGUUGAGAAACUUUACGAUAAAUUAGCAAUUAAGAACGAGAAAAUAGAAGAUUUACAAAAUGAAUUGGACAGUCUACAAGAACUUUUAACAAAACAAACAGACUAUAUUAUAAUCAUAGAAAAGAAACUAGAAUCAAAAUCUAUUUCAUCAAAUAUAGAACAAACAGAAAAUGUUAAGAAAGAAGAAAUAGAAUCAUCUAAUAGUAGUUGUCAAACAUCACCAAUUGAAUUACUAAACCAAAGUAAUCAGACAAGCUUCACUACUUUGAACGAAAAUAAAAUGCUUCAAACUUCAUUUGAUGAUACUAUGUACAAGACUAUUAAUAUUGAGUCAUUAGAAAAAAUAAAAAAUGAUUAUAAUGAAUUGGAGGAGAAAUAUAAAGAAGAAAAAAAUCAAGUCGAAAUCUUAAACGAAAAAAUACAUAACUUUGAAGUAGUUUUGAAUGAGAAAAACGUUUUAGAUGAACAUCUUCAAAAAAAAGAAGAGAUUUUGGAAAAAAUGCAAAUACAACUUGAUGUUUUGAACAACCGAAUUAAUGAAUUAGAAAAAGAAAAUGAAACUCUAAAAGAUUCUGAAAAAACUUCUUCAGCUGAACUUAUUAAAAUGAAAGAAGAAAGAGAUGCGGAUUAUAACAAAUACAAAAGUCAUUAUCAAUCUCAGAUUACUGAACUUGAAGAUAAAAUAGCCGAUCAGAAAAAAAUUAUUGAUGAAAUUAGUCCGUUAAAAGACAAAAUGAAAGAUUUAGAACUUUUAAAAGAAAAAACCAAUGAAUUAAAUGCUCAAAUAGAACAGUGUCAACUUGAAAAACAAGUUCAUGAAUCCAAAUUAGUAGACAAUGAAACUAAAAUAAAAUCACUUGAAAAAAAAUUAGAAGAAUCAAUGAGAAAAUUGGUUGAUAAAGAUGAAGAAAUUGUGCGUCUUCAGAAUGAUAUAAAAAGUAGUCUUAAAACAAAUAUGCAUGAAGAAGAUGUCAAACGAACUGAAGAACAAUUAAAAAAAGUGCUGAAAGAACUCCAUGACACUAAAGAUGAUUUAAAAAAAACUGACGAGUUAAAUAAAAGUUUGCAAACUAAGAUAUUAAGUUUAGAAUCAACAGUUGUAGAUACAGAAAAAUUAAAGAAAAAAUUAGACGAAUUAGAGCAAUUAAAUUCGAAUUUAGUUAAUACUAUUGAUAAAAAAGAACACGAAUUUGAUCAAUUCCAAAAAAAUCGGGAUGAAGUUGUAAAAAGUUAUGAAGACGCUUUACAAAACAUGCAAAUAGAAUUGAAUACAGUUAAAAAUGAAAUGGUGAACUUACAGAAAGAUAAAAAGGAAAGUAAAGAAUUUCGUGCACCAUCGAAAACUCGUUCUAAACCACUACGAGAAACUAAAAAUCAAAAAGAAAAAGAAGAUAAUACAUCAGAUGAAGAAGCAAUGCCAGAACGACGAGGCAGAAGAAAUAGGAAGGUUGCAGACCCUCUGUUUUCACCGAAUAUUCCGGAAAUCAAUCUUAGUGAAACAUCUGGUUCUGAAUCAAAACGUACAACACGGAAUGCUGUUAAAUCGUCUAUGCCACUUCCAUCGUCGGAACGAAAAGGUCGUUGGAAAAAAUUGUAUACUCAUACUGAUGACUCAUGUGUUGAAGUAGAUAUUCCGUGUGAGCCAUUAGCUUCCCCAGCACUAUCAACGCGCUCAUUACGGACGAGAAGAAAGUUACAUUGAUUACUUGAAAGUAAUAUUUUUUUAAAUUUGUUGAAACAAUGUAUAGUUAUUUUUUGUACUGCGUAUUUAAGAAUUUUUUAUUCAGACAAAGUUGAAUGUU